UUAUGAAAGGCGCAAAUGCUGCCACAGAGCAGCAAUUUAGAAACCAUGGACUCUGGUCAGCAAGGGGUUAACUGGGUGGGGUAAGUGAGGCUGUUCUAUGUUUAGGCUGGAGAAGAAAGGACUGUGGGACUUGUAGUCGUAGUCCCGCGGGCUGAUGGGAAAUGGAGUGCCGCUUUUUCCAACAUGGCUGCCCCCAGUGCUAGUAUGGACAACAAUAACCCCAAUCAUCCAAAACUUAGUAAAACUGAGAAGAAAUUCUUGAGGAAACAAACCAAAGCCAGACACACAUUGCUGAGACACGAAGGCAUCGCAAGUGUAUCCCAUGCCACCGAGAGCCUGGUCAUUGCUAAUGGAGGUUUGGGUAAUGGUGUGUCUAGGACCCAGCUUCUUAGGGUUUUAGAGAGAUGUGGAUCGGUGGAAGCUCUCUUAAUGCCACCUAACAAACCCUACUCCUUUGUAAGAUAUAGGACCAAAGAAGAAUCUAAAAGAGCCUAUGCAACCCUCAAUGGAAAGGAAAUGGUGGAUGACUUGGGACAAAAUAUCACUCUGUACUUAAACUUUGUGGAAAAAGUGCAUUGGCAAGGUCUCAGGCCUCCAGUAUUACCUCCAGGCCUCAUGAUUGUGGAAGAAAUUGUUUCUCCUGAAGAUGAGAAAAUGUUACUGGAAAGUAUUGAUUGGACUGACAAUUCUGUUGGUCAAAAUGCUCAGAAAUCUUUAAAACAUAGAAAAGUAAAGCAUUAUGGGUAUGAAUUUCGCUAUGAUAAUAACAAUGUAGAUAAGGAUAAGCCCUUACCAGGAGGUCUUCCUGAUAUUUGUAAUAUUAUUUUAGAGAAGUGUUUGAAAGAAGGACACAUUAAAUAUUUCCCUGAUCAAUUGACAGUAAAUCAGUAUGAACCUGGACAGGGAAUUCCUCCUCACAUUGACACCCAUUCCGCUUUUGAGAAUGAGAUCAUAUCUCUCAGUUUGGGAGCAGAGAUUGUCAUGGAUUUUAAGCACCCAGAUGGUUACACGGUGUCAGUUAUGCUACCUCAACGGAGUUUGCUGGUGAUGACAGGAGAAUCUAGAUACCUUUGGACCCAUGGAAUCACACCCAGAAAAUUUGAUGUUAUUCAAGCAUCUCAGGGACAGAAAAGUGGAGUUAUCACUAGUGAUGCUGGAAACUUAACGUUAAAUAAAAGAGGAGUGCGGACCUCAUUUACAUUUAGGAAAGUGAGGAGAACACCUUGUGAUUGCAGUUACCCUUUGUUCUGUGACAGUCAGAGUUGUCAUCAAAAUGAAACUUUCCCCUCCUUCCCAGAGAAUGACAAAGAAGCCUCAGAACUGGAACAGGAAUAUGUCCAUAGAGUUUAUGAGGAGAUAGCAGAGCACUUCAGCAGCACAAGGCAUACCCCAUGGCCCCAGAUUGUGGCAUUCUUGAAAGCUUUACCAAAGGGCUCAAUAGUGGCAGAUAUUGGGUGUGGAAAUGGAAAAUAUCUAGGCCUGAAUAAGGAGAUAUAUAUGUUUGGUUGUGAUCGCAGUCAAAACCUCAUCGAUAUAUGUGGGGAAAGGCAGUUUCAGGCUUUUGUCUGUGAUGCCCUAACUGUGCCCAUUCGCAGUGAGACAUGUGAUGCUUGCAUUUCCAUUGCUGUUAUUCACCAUUUUGCAACAGCAGAACGAAGACUGGCAACCCUCCAAGAAUUGGCUCGACUCCUGAGGCCUGGAGGAAGGGCUCUCAUUUAUGUCUGGGCAAUGGAACAAGAAUACAAUAAGCAGAAGUCUAAAUACCUUAAGGGGAGCAGGGAUAGUGAUGAGAAGAAAGAGCAUCUCAGCAGUGGUGUAUUGGCUUCAGGGCCACUUGGAGAGCAGAAUCCUGGCCCCAGCAAUCAUGAUUUUGUAUGUUCUAUCUCAGCUAUUAAUGACUUGACAAGGGAUGAAGGUAGUAAUGCAAAUGGAGUAAUUAAUUCCAAGCUGCCAGUUCACACUAAUAGGACUUCUUUUCAUUCUCAAGAUGUAUUGGUUCCUUGGCACCUCAAAAGGGGCCCUACAAGAGAGAAACAUGCUGAGCCACAGAAACUUAAAUCUGAUCCGGUGGGGCUACCUGAUCCAACCCCUGUAUUUCACCGCUAUUACCAUGUAUUUUGUGAAGGAGAACUGGAAGCGGCAUGUAGAAUGUUAAAUAACAUAAGCAUUCAGCAAAGCUAUUAUGAUCAGGGAAACUGGUGUGUGAUUUUCAAAAAGCUCUGACUCUUAAGUACUUCACAUAGGCAAGAUAUGCUUAAUCAUUUUUAAAAAAUUAGUCGACCAUUUCUUAGGCUAAGAAGAAAGUCUUCUGGGGACAAAGUCCCAUCAAACCUACUUGCUAGAAAAUUGAAGAAGCGGAGAAAUGGUAGUUUAUCAGCAGACAUCUAAUCUAUAUGUGUACCCUGCUCUACCAUCUGGUUGACCUCAGAUAAGGCAUUUAAUCUCUCUUUCCAUCUGUCAGCUGGGAUUUAUAAUAUACUUGGUUUUUUUUUUUUUUAAGCUUUACUCACAGGUACACAGACUUUGUAAAAAAAAAAAAACCUGAAUGAAUUGAAUUGAAAAAUUGAAUUGAAAAGCUUUGAUAUCUUUAAAUUUAUAUCCUUUUGAUAGAAGGUGUUUCUCUUUAAAGCAUUAAGGAGUGCCUUAAUUUUAAAAUAUUAAUUUAAAAUUCUUUGUAAUUCAUGCAGAAAUCACAAUCUGGUAGUGUCUUAAUAAAUUUGUAAUUUUUAAUAAAAGAACUUAAAUCUUAUUGACACUUAAAUAAUUAUCCCUUCAAUAGAAACUGUUUGUAUUCUUAACCUUGGAUUUGUAUUUGUUUAUUUGGAGGGUAGAAUGGGAUUUGAUAAUUCAUAUUAAUCAGGAAGCUCUCUAACUUUGAGGUUCCCCCAAAUUUUCAACCUGGUUCCCUUUCUUUUUUACAUUCUCUACUUUCACACUAGAUUAUAUCAGUUCCUAUCAGUUCAUUGAUCAUUUCUGUAAAUCAUUCCCAGAUCUAUAUAUCAAGCUCUAAUUAUUACUGAGUUAUACAAUUUUAAUUGUCUCUUGAGCAUCUCUAACUAUGUUUCUUCAGGCAUCUCAAAACUCAACAUGUCUAAACAGAAUUCAUUUUCUUUCUCCCCAAAUCUUUCCCCUUCCAAUUUUCCCCAUUACUCUUGAGGAUUCCACUAUCUUCUCAAUUACACAGACUUAAGAUUUUGAUGUUAUCCUUGACUCAUCAUCCUCAGUUAGCCCAUUGUCAAAUUUUGUUUCUACCUUUAUAGCAUCUCUUAUAUACAUACCUACUCUCCACUUAUUCUGCCACAAUUCUAGGUCAGGUUCUCAUCACUUCUUGUUUGGACUGCUAUAAUUGUCAUCUAAUAGUCUCCUUACCUCAAGUUUCUCUCCAUUCCAAACCAUAAUCCAAUUAGGUGCUAAAGUGAUUUUUAUAAAUUAUAGCUCUGGCCACAUCAUUCCUCUGUUCAGUGAUCUUCACUGGCUCUCUAUCACUUCCAGGAUUAAAGAUAAAGUCUUCUAGCAUUUAAAGCGCUACAUAACCUGGAUGUGAGCCCUUUCUACCUAUUUAAUACAUCUUACUUCUCUCCACAAACCUACUUAUCUUCUCCCAUCUUGCAGUGGCCAUACCUCCUACCUUGAAUGCUCUGCUCCUAUACUUAGCUUCUUAGUUUUUCCAGCUUUAUUCAAAUCAUCUCAAAUAUUGUCUUUUGCAGGAGAUUUUUCCCAGUCUCUCUGACUGAUGUCUUUUUUCAGAUUACCUUCAUCUACUCUGUAUAUAUCUUCUAUGUAUCUACUUAUUUUUAUGAUUUCCCCUUAUAAUCUUUAAGGGAAGGAACUUUUAUCAUUUCUUUGUGUCUUUAGUGCUUCACACAGUGUCCCAUGCUUAGCAGACAAUAAAUGUUGAUUAACUGAAAAAGUAGGAUCAUUUGAAUAUGACUAUGAUGACAAAUUCCAGGUAGGAUAAUUAACCAAAGUUAAACUCACAGACCCCUUACAGAUCUCCAUGGAUAGGUAGGUUAACAGAGCAUCAGCUCUUCUAAUCCUCUUAAUAAAGAGUAUGAUGGCCACAGAUCAGAUCUAAUUGCCCUUCUGGCUAAAAAAAAAAAAAUUAAUCAUUUUACAUUCAAUGGAAACAAUGUUUGUUCUAUUUGGUUGUUUUAUUUCUUUUAACUGUUCUUUUUUGGUUUCUAUUGGAUUUUUCUUCCUAUUGUUCCCUCAAUCUGGCCCUCAAAACGGUAGCAUUGUCCAGAGACCUUCUCUAGUUAUUCUUUCUCCAGGUGAACUCUUCUCCUCCAAUCAAUUUAUUAGUCACUUUUAGGCAGAUUAUUCUUCAGCCCCCAUUUCACUUUUCCAACACAAAGUCAAAUUUAACACGUCUACAUGGUCUUUAUUUAAACUCUUAGAAAUAAAGAGAUAGAACAACUGUGUAAAAUAAAAGCCUAAUUAAUAAAUUUGGUAGAAUUUUCUUGUUUAACUCCUUUUGCAGUUCAGUUUAAUAAUAUGUGAAUAUGGCCCUGUACCUAUGCUAUUUUGGAUUUGUGUGUUCAUUCACUGAUGGCUGUCAAAUAUAACCUUAACUAUUAGAAUCCUUCUAUAAUAACACCUGCAAACAAAUACAAUAGUUGUUUUGUACUCAGUCACCAAUAAACAGAUGUUGUCAGUC